AUGCCAACAUGUGUGGAAUGUGGAUCAUUGGUCCGAGAUUUGUAUACACAAUACAGUAAAGAUAAUAUUCGUUUGACAUCAUGUGAAAAGUGCAAUCGUUUUGCAGAUAAAUACAUUGAACACGACUUUGUAAUAAUAUUCAUUGACAUGUUGCUGUUGAAACCUCAAGUAUAUCGACAUUUACUGUUCAAUCGUAUAGCACAAUCUGGAAAUGGUAUAGAGCCUCACGUGUCGCGUUUCGCCAUUUUACUCAUAUUGUUUGAAGUUUAUAUCAAAUGGUUUCGUCUUGAAACUUACUAUGCCGAUUACAAUUCCACAUUUGCACCUCGGCCGUUAUACCAUCAAUACCUUUAUAUACUUGCUCUUUGUGUGUUUGAAUUUGUUGCAUUUCAUGGCUUUAUCAAUCUGGCGAUCCAAGUGCUUCUAAUUGAAAAGGUCGUGCCCUGUAAUAGAUACAAUUAUGUUGCUAUGGCGCUCGUCAUAUCCAGUUUCGGUAAAAUGCUACUUAUCCUCAUGGUGAUAUGGGAUUACAAACAGCUCGAAUACUCUUAUCUCGUCGGUCUAAUUGUGCUGGCUUCCAAUACUGAAGCGUUAUCAGGUACACAGACAGAUUGA